AUGGAGAUCAGGCAGCUGCAGACCCAUUUUCACCACGAAGCCUACAAGAGGAAAUUCUACGAUGCCGAUAUCUGGCGGCAAAUGCAGGCUCAGAAAAAAGCAAUAAAUGAUGUGAAGCAAGAACACAGACAUGUGACAGUAACGCUGAGCCAGAUCUACUCCCCGAGUAAUGUGGUGCUGGAAAACAGAAGGCGUAGGAAGCUCCAAAGCCUUUUGCAGACCAGGACGCAGAAUGAUGCCCUGAUCAAAGAAAGAAAAGCCCUGUUAGAUGACCUGGUCAAGCAGGUUGUAGAGCUGGAAAAAAAGAUAGUGAAGCAAAGAGACAUGACGUGGAGGAUGUUGGAAGCAAAGAGUCACAAACACCUGCAGAAGAGGAUCCACUUCCUGGAGAUGAAUCUAAAUCACAUCACCGUCCGUUACAACACCAUCAUGACCCGGAACAGCAGGCUCCGAGAAGAGACUGUGAACCUGCAGAGGCAGAAAGCCAUUUAUGACGACUCCUACUGGAAGCUGGAAAGAAGCCUGGUGCAGCAGAACAAAUUGCUGGAUGCUGCUAUCGAGCAAGCCACGGAAGACUACGAGCAGUGGUACCUGGCCUUGUCAGCCCUCGGGGGUGUGAGUGUUGCUCUCUGGUGCAGGAUGGAGGAUCUGGGGCGGAUCUCGGACAUUCGCGAUGUGCGCUGCAGAGAAACCGUCCAGUACAACAUCAGGCUGCUGGAGAGGAAGUGUGCCCUCCACCAGGAGACCAGGCUGAAAAACUUCUUCCUCAGCAAAUGUACAGAUCUCUCUGAACUGAAGGAACGGGCCAAGCGGAGAGAAGCCUCCAUGGCAGCUGAGAGGGCCAAACUGAGCCAAAAGGAGAGCUAUGAGGUGGCCUACAGGCGUCUUCUGGAGCUGUCGGACGGAGACAUCGACGAUUUCUUGGAGGACUUCAUUGAAAAGGACAGGAGAUUCUUCAUCCUCUUUGGCUAUGCCAUCAGGCUGAACAUCAGGAACGAGGGUCUCAAGCAGAGGAUCCAGGCGAUCGAGGAUGAUAUGACGGCCGUCACAACGGAGCGGGAGCAAGCGGAGACAACCCGGACUCAGGUCCUGCAGGAGCUGGAGGCAAAAAUAACAGAGAUCACCAAGGAGGCCGACAAGUACGAGAACAAAUGCAAGGAGAGCAGCAAGCUCCUGGGACAGAUCCAAACUCGCAUGCAGACCCUCUUGAAGGACCUGGACUGCGACACCACAAAGAUAGUGAAGCCUCUUGGGGAGAGCUUGGUGCCAGUUUUUGGCCCCGUGGAGAACAAGCUCAAGGAGUUCCUGCUGAGGGAGUCCUUGCUGCGCUACACGUCCGUCGACCGCACCCAGCGCUCCCAGGCCUUCAUCAGCCCCCUCCAGGGAGCCUCCAGCCUCCUCUGGGCCAUGGACCGGGGCAAGAUCUGCCUGCCCCCGCCCGACCUGGACACCACUGACCCCAAAAUCGCGGAAGAGCCGCUGGGCCGGGCUCAGCUGCGUCAGCUCGUUAUCCAGAGGCACAAGGAGAAGUCGGCCACCCCUCCCAGCUUGGGAAAGAGGAGGAGGAGACUCACAUCAAGGAGUUCAACACGGAGCAAGAGCCCACCAGGGACCUCGAGCCCACCAGGGAGCAAGAGCCCACCAGGGAGCAAGAGCCCACCAGGGACCAGCACGAAUUAA